AUGAUGGAUGGAACUGGUUAUAUCGAUAGGAACAAACUUCAACAAGCGUGUCCUAACCUGACGCCGUUAGAAAUCGACACAAUAUUCGAUGAAUACGAUAUAGACCGUGACAAUCGAAUAUCUUUACAAGAACUCCUUGGCCUCAAUGAUCACUCACGGCAGACUAAGACGAAAGACAUCGUGACCCAUGCUCAACUCAACGAAAUCUUCAACGAUCUUGCGUGGUAUGCCUAUCAUAAAGAAAUCAGAUAUACACCUCGUAUUGCUUAUGACAGUUGUACAUGA